UGUGCUUGUAGUGUUGUCUGUGAUCGGUGCUGGUGCUGGUGGUGCUGGUGGGACGAAGCCCGAUGAUGGAAGAGCCGCUGGCCUGCUGCCGGACUGCCCGGGUUCCACAAAAGAAGCGGUGAUAAGCAAGAAGACGCUCAAACACUUGUCCAUGGUGGUUAUAAACUCCAAUCAUACCCUGGGUAGGCACUACAAUUAUUACCAGGUGGACAGACUGGCUGAUGACCCAGAUAUAGACUUCAGUAAAAACACUAUGAUUUACGUGGGCGGGUACCUCAGCAGCCCCUUCCUCCCUUAUAACACCGGCAUGGGCGUCGAGUACAAGAAACUGGGCUACAAUGUCAUCAUGUUAGAUGCUUUGAUGUUCAACACCAUCGAGUAUCCACGGGCAGCGAGGUUCCUCCGCGUGGUCGGGAGGCACGCAGCCAAAAUGCUGGCCAAAAUGACGAGUAGAGGCCUGAACCCAAAGAAGUUAGAGAUAAUUGGCAUCAGCCUGGGAGGACAAACAGCCGGCUUCAUCGCCAAACACUACAAGGACCUGACUGGAGUCAGUGUCGCCAAGGUCGUUGGGUUGGAUGCUGCGGGUCCCUGCUUCAGGAACCUCGGUCCGAAAGACAGACUGGAUAAAACUGAUGCGGACUUUGUCAUUAACGUCGCUUCCAACAUCGACGGCUUCGGUAUGGCGACACCCAUCGCGCACAUUAACUACUACGUGAACGGCGGCGAACACCAACCAGGACCCUUAUUCUGGAUCUACUGCCCAGACGUCUGCAGCCACACCCGAGCGUACGAAGUCUGGCUAUCAUCUCUCACGCAUCCAGACGAAUUCAUAGCUGUAAAGUGCGAUUCAGUCCAGCAGGCGAGAGACAAGGACUGCUUCGGCAGAGUACCUCAAGUCACCAACCUCCUCGGCCCUAAAGCUGACAGGAACUUGCAAGGCAUAUUCUACUUAUCCACCACGAAUACGGACCCCUACUACAUGGGUAAACGAGGCCUGAUAAAAGGAAACGACUAUUUCAUUUCGAUUAGCGCAGCUCUGAAUGAAGAUGAUGUUUUGAAAAUGUAGUUUGAGAUGUUUAGGUAGGAGUUGUAGGUUUGCCUGCAGCUGUAGUCAU